AUGAACCUCCUUAAUCAAAGCUGGGACAUACUCACAAAUCCCAAGCACACAAGAUGGCUCGCACCUCUCCAAAUCCUCGGCGACGCAGCAUUAUGCGCCCUCAUCAUCUCCACGGUUCCUUACACAGAAAUUGACUGGAAAACCUACAUGCAACAAAUAACCCUCUACCUCCGUGGCGAAAGAACCUAUUCCAAAAUCUCCGGCGACACAGGUCCUCUCGUCUACCCAGCCGCCCACAUCUACAUCUACACCACCCUCCACAACCUCACAUCUUCCGGCGAAAACAUCUUCCUCGCACAAACCCUCUUCGCAGCCCUCUACUUGUUUACUCUAUACAUCGUAAUCCAAACAUAUCGACAAGCUGGCGUACCACCUUAUAUAUUCCCGUUACUAAGUUUGAGUCGGAGGGUUCAUAGUAUUUUUAUGCUGAGGAUGUUUAAUGAUUGUUUUGCGGGGAUGUUUUUGUUUGCGGGGGUUUAUGCGUUGCAGAAAAAGUGGUGGGGGGUUGGGGCGGUGGUGUAUAGUUUGGGUGUUGGGGUCAAGAUGAGUUUGGUGUUGGCUUUGCCGGCGGUGGGGGUUAUUUUGCUUGCUUUUCCGUUCAUUGCUGGAGCGUUGACUGGAGGGAAUACUUCCGCCAAGGACUAUUUCUCUCGAGCGUUCGAGUUCUCUAGGGUCUUCCUAUACAAGUGGACUGUGAAUUGGAGAUUCGUGGGUGAGGAGAGGUUCUAUUCGAAAGGAUUCUCGUACGGACUACUGGCUGGACAUUUCUUCUUGCUGUACACGUUCAUCACGACUCGUUGGCUCCGUCCGUCCAACUGGAGUUUGCCAGAAGCCAUUGGAGCUCUCGCGAAACCACCAUCGAAGGAACAUCAAGCCAGGAUCUCGAGGAGGGUCACGCCGGACUUCAUUUUGACUUCUAUCCUGUCCGCUGUGAUGAUUGGGUGCUUGUGUGCUCGCAGCCUGCAUUACCAAUUCUUCGUCUACAUCGCUUGGUCGACACCAUAUCUGCUGUGGAGGAGUGGCGUGCAUCCGGUGCUGAUAUACAUCAUAUGCGCUGCACAAGAGUAUGGCUGGAAUGUGUACCCGAGCACAAACCAAAGUUCGAUGAUUGUGGUCGGCUGUCUUGCAUUGACCGUUGUUGCGACCUGGCUGGGCACGGGCUCCAGUUCUGAUUGUCGCAAGGACGGAAAGGCGCAAAAGCAGAACGGGCAUGUAAAGCAUGAGCAUGCAGAAUAG